AUGGCCGAGCUAUACAAACUAUCAGCGUCAGAAGUCGUUGCAAAGACCCGGAAUGGCCAGUUGUCAGUGGAAGAAUAUGCGCAAUCGCUGUUAGCACGCAUCAAAGAACGUGAUCCAGUAGUCAAAGGCUGGGCUUAUAUCAAUCCCGACCAAGUACUUUCGGAGGCUCGAAAAUUGGAUCAAGUUCCUAAAGAGAGCCGUGGACCAUUGCAUGGUGUCGCAAUUGCUGUUAAGGAUGUCAUCUACACGAAAGAUAUGCCAACACAGUUCAACUCUCCUAUAUACAAGGAUGAUGCCCCCCAGGUCGAUGCAGCAAGCAUUAUUAUCCUGCGCAAUGCCGGUGCGCUGAUAUUGGGCAAGACAACCACGACUGAGUUUGCAGCCACCACCAAAGGACCUCAAACGACAAACCCCCAUGAUAGCUCGCGUACACCUGGAGGUUCAUCAUCGGGAUCCGGGGCAGUUGUUGGUGAUUUCCAGGCCCCAAUUGGUCUUGGCACGCAGACUGGAGGAAGUACCAUCCGCCCAGCAUCCUUCAACGGCAUCUAUGGGUUCAAGCCUACCUGGAACUCCAUCUCGAGAGAGGGCCAGAAGAUAUUCUCGUUAAUGCUUGAUACCCUGGGUAUCUAUGCAAGGAGUGUAGCUGAUUUGAAUCUCCUCGCCGAUGUCUUUGCUUUGGAGGAUGACGAGCCUCCAAAGACAGGCUAUACGGUUCAGAAUGGCAAGUUCGCUGUUUGCAAGACUAUGGUCUGGCCUGAAGCAGGGCCCGGCCUGGUAAAGGCCAUGGAUAAAGCCGUUGAGCUCCUGAGGUCAAGUGGCGCUACAGUCGAUGAACUUGAGUUCCCUGAACACCUUCAACAUUUGCCGGAAUGGCACAACAUCGUUUUUAACAGCGAUGGAAGAACAGCCUUCCUACCAGAGUACAGAGUUGACAAGAGUCUUAUUGCUGAUCAGCUCGUUGGCCAUGUUGAGAAUAAUCUCAAGAUCUCACGAGCUGCACAGCUCAAGGCCUUUGAUGACAUUGCAGCGGCAAGACCAGUUGUAGAUUCAAUGCUUGCGAAAUACGAUGCUGUCUUGACACCCAGUGUCCCAGACGAGGCACCCAAAGGCAUCGAGGCCACCGGAAGCGCCUCUUUCAACAAAAUAUGGACGGCCCUUCAUGUUCCCGUAAUUAACAUUCCUGGAUUCGCUGGCGAGAACGGGAUGCCCAUUGGGUUGUCGCUUGUGGCGCCUAGGUACCAUGAUAGAAAGCUCCUGGUUGUGAGCGAAGCAGUUGGAGAAUUGUUCGAGAAAUCAGGAGGAUGGAAAUAG